AUGAGCCUUCUGAAAGAACCAAAGGCCAACUCCGGUUGGCCGAAUUCUUGGUGGUUUUCUGUGCAGAACAAUGUGGACAGUUUGAAUCACAUUCACGUGGCUUUGAAGGUGUUUGGCAUAGUGGCUUACACCAUCGUGGAUAGGAUCAACUGUGAAAUCAUAGUGUCCGUUUCGGAUUUGGUGCUGUUGGCCAUUUUUUCCUUGUUUCGGAUUUACGGAAUCGUGAUAGGGGUGCAAAAUGAACUGUGGGAAACACUGGUGGAUGGCGAGCCGGCCGCCAUUGUAUAUGGGUUUGCAUCGCUCAUGGUUUUGGUGAUCGUUGUGAUCAGUGUAACUCCCAUCUAUGUAAUGGUCCAUAGGCAAAAGGUGCAAGAUAUUUUGAAAGAUUUCAAAGAAUAUGAUGACGAAGUGGGCCAGCUGGGUUAUCCCAUGAACCACCAAUACUACCACUUCAGGGUGUCGGUAUUUCUGUCGAUCUGCUUGGCAGCAUUAGGUGCAAUUGUAGCGAUCACUCUUUCGUUACGUAAUAUAGAGUACCAGUUAGAUGUGCUGAUAUUCCUGGCGUUCUUCUGUGCCGGCUGCUUUGGGAACACACUUUUUCAUACCGCGUUGAAUGUGCUGAUUCUAGGUGUUCAUGGAAGACUGCAGCUGUUGAACCGCUGCCUAAAAGAGCUACUACAGGAAACAGAUGAACGAUCUAUUAACCAGCAUAAAGUUGGUCAGCUUCGCCGAGAUGUGGUGAUAGUUCAGGCCGCCAAAUUGUACGAUAAGCUAUGUGACGCGAGCGAGGGAAUCAGUGUGGUGUUUAGCAGUCCGCUAAUCCUCCAAUCCAUCAACACGUUCUUCGUCCACCUGCUGUCCAGCUAUGCCGGCAUGCGUGUUUUCCUGCACCAGGCCACCCCACAGCAAACGGUCAACGCCGGCCUGUAUCUGAGCUGGUCCCUUUACUUUUUGUUUUUCGUGUGCCAAACCAUCCUCUACCUGGCCGCCCUCCGCCACCAGAAGUCCAUCCUGCUGGGCAUCGUCCACCGGAGCCUCAACCUACCGCAAAACGAAUUUCUUAUCGAUCGGUUCCAUCAGCUAUCGGAACAAAUUACCAGUCGCGCGCCGCAUAUCACGUUCUUCUUUUUCGAACUGCACCCAUUAAUUAUCGUCCAGGCUUGCGGGGAGCUGGCUACCUACCUGCUGAUUCUGGUUCAGUUCGACAUGCAAUAG